AUGCUUAUCUUCGCCAUGUUGAUAUCCCUGGUCACAGAGGCGUUCGAGAGUGCGCUGCGACACCUGCGGCACGGCUCGAUUCCUGUGGUCGAGGGCAAUCACACGGUCAUCCUGGGCUGGACCGUCACGACACCGCACGUCAUCGACGAGCUGUGCGUGGCGGCGGAGAGCUCCGGCGGCGAGUACAUCGUCCUCCUGACGCCGUUCCCGAAGCCGGAGAUCGAGCAGAAGCUGCAGGAAGCGGAGAUCGACCUGAGGAACUCCACCGUGGUGGUUCGCAGUGGCCAGGCCCACUUCAAGGAGGACCUGAUAAGGGUCGCGGUCGAGACGGCGAAGCGCGUGCUGGUGCUUGCAGACCACCGUCUCUCGCACGAGGCCGCGGAUGCCCAAAGCUUAAACGUGCUGCUGACGCUGAACCGCGUUCUGGCGGCGGCGCACGACGUGCCCGCGGACACGGCGGACACGGCGGACACGGAGCCCUCGGAGCAGCCCUCGAUAGGGCCUUCGCCCUCAGGGAAACUUACGGCGGCGAGUGCUGCUGCUGCUUACGUGGUCGCCGAGUGCUGCCUCGUGCGGAACAUAAAGCUGUUCAAGAGCCUGGCGUACGGCCGCAUGGAGGUGCUCUGUACGCAGGACUUCGUCAGCCAGCUAGUCGUAGAGAGCUGCAGACAGCGAGGGAUGUCGCACGUGAUCGCUGAGAUGAUUGGGUUCAGAGGCAGCGAGCUGUACGUCGCGAAGGUCGACGGCCUGGAGGGCCGGUGCUUCUCAGAGCUUCAGCGCCUGCUUCCAUUCGUCGUGCCGUUGGGGUACUCGGAUGCCAGUGGAAAUCUUGUUGUAGCCCCAUCGCUCAGCUACACCUUCGCUGGAGGCGAGCAGCUGAUCAUGCUCGCCGAGGACAAGUCCACCCUGCCCACCGCGGUCCAGCGCCCCUGUGACGCCUCGAACCAGUCCAAGAACCUGCAGACAGUAAAACCAAUCGGCACGCCAGUGCCGCUGCCGGAGGUGCGCUGUGAGUUGGUGGUGAUGAUCGGAUGGAACGACUCCGUGGGGUCGAUGAUGCCCGAGCUGGACCAGCUCGUGGGCCCUGGCUCCGAAGUCAUCAUUUACUCCCCGUGGCCCAUCGCGGAGCGCGAGAAGUUUUUGCAUUCCUCGCAGGUGCGGCGGCAGUGCUUCUACAAGCACCUGAAGGUGACGCACCGAGAGGGCGUGCUCGGCGCCAGGUACCAGCUCGAGGAGCUUCCCCUGGAGCGCGCCUCCAAGGUUUUUAUCAUGGCGGACUCUGCCGAGACCUCUGCCGAGAAGGCGGACGCGCACACGGUGGCAGCCAUACUGCAGGUGCGCGACAUCCUGCUGGAGAGGAGCAACAUCGAGCACCUGUCCGACGUGGUCAUCGUGCCGCAGGUGCUUGGCGAGAUGGCCGUGGACGCCUGCAUCUUCAGCGAGCUCUCGGACUACAUCCACUCCACCAAGCUGUCGGCCAGCGUGCUGGCCUCUAUCCUCGAGGUCCCGGACCUCGCCCCCGUGCUGAGGGACCUCGUGAAGUCCAGGAGGUACACGGGCGCCAGCCUCUACAUCCGCCGGAUCAGGGACUACGCCCGUCCAGACAGCCUGCCCGAGGAGAGGAGGUCGCGCUCAACUUCUGGGAGUUGGCAGAACUUGCUGCACCUUCAGGCGAGAUCCUGA